AUAUAUGUUUCAGGAUAUUGAGGAUUUUGUAUAUGAUUUAUAUUAUGCUCAAACCUGUGAAGACAUAUGGUUUGAAAGCGAUAAUAUAAUGGUAUGGCGACCUGAACAUUCAGAAACAAAUUCUGAACAUGAAAGCGAAUCCUCAGAUUCCAAUUCAGAAUCAAAUUGGAGAAAUGAUUAUCCUGACACAGAUCCCGAUCGUUCUAGAGAUUCUAAUUCCGAUUCAGAUGAUUAUUUCGAUGUAUAUCAAACCGACGAAGACUUGUACGGGUCUAAAAGAGAUGAAAAUACAAAUCUGUUUGGAUACAAUUAUUCCGAGUAUAGAAGAGGAAGAAGAGAGGAAUCGGAAAGUAGUUUCAAUAGUGAUUUAGACGAAACAUAUUCAUCAGAUAAUGAAGAAAGAUUGACAAAUGACAAAGAAGAAAUGACAGAUUGAGAGAGUGAAGCAUUACAUUAUGGAUAAUCAGAAGAUCUAUAAAUAUGUGAAAACAUGCCGUUGUGUGACUUACCAAUUCCUAAUAUUCUAGAAAUUUAGUAUAGGAAAGAGACUGAUCAUUUAACGAUAGCUAUAGAUACUUUCGUAUUCUUUCACGUAUUUCUAUAUAUAGAUAAUUGUGUAUAUCACCAUUAAAUAUAUAUAUUUCGCAAUAGAUAUUCUUUUAUGUUGAUUCGAUGUUUCUCUUAAAAAAGUGAAAUGUAAAUGGCAUAAAGUUUUAUUCGUAUAUUGUAUUACAAAUUUUUUUUCUAGGUAUAUAUCACGCGUGUAAAAUUUGCGUCUAUCAAAAUAAGAAGAAGAUAAAAGAAAUCUAAAAAUGAGACGAUCGAUCACAUAAAAUCAAUAAAGAAUGUUCAUCAUUUAAAAUUGAGUUUAAUGCAAUUGAAUUUUUUAAUGCUGUUUACAAUGCGGACUAAGCUUGGCUAAGAAGUAAGAGUAGAUGUAAGAAAUGUAUUUCCGAUGUAAGGGAAUUAGAGUAAAGAUGUAAGCGAAAUAAGUUACUUUUAUUUCUUAUGUCAGGUUCUCUUACGCCAGGCUUACUCCAUAUAUUGUAAACUGGCCUUCUUUACGAAAUAAAA